AUGCCUGGGAUCACCCAGAAAGCGUCAUGCUCCGUUAAGCGCAAAGUGACGAGCUCACCCAGUGCUGCAACCACACCAAAUGUUUUGAUGGGGGAUCACGGUUCGGAAAUGUAG